CAGCCACCUGUUUCACAGGCUGAAACGACAGCGCCCUGAGUGCAGAGCGAGCGCGCCGAAUCCUGAGCGGGCCCCGCCCCCUUGGAAGAGUCGUGCGGAGCGCUCGGGCCUCCCCGGCCACGCCCCACGCUGCCAGGCCACGCCCCCAGACUCCUGGCCCCCGCCCACCCCGCCGUAGCGAGCCACCGCCAUGGGGACUCCCAGCAGCCCGGACGAGGGGACUCCGCCGCCACAGGUCCCAGAGUGCGAUGAGGCGGUUCAGCCCGAAGAAGCCGCCCAGCCCCGGGAGCACCCCGAGGGCUCCCGCGAGCAGGAGGCUCCCGAGGUCCCGGCGGAGCUUUCUAGCGGCGGAGGAGCUGAGCAGCAGGCGGAGGAAGAGGAAGAAGUGGCCGAAGGCAGCAGCACCGAGAGCAGCCGCGACGCGGGGGAGGCCCCGCCUUCUGUACAGACCCGGGCCACGCCCCCCACGCCCCCCCAGUCUAAGGAAGGGGCUCGAGGGGUGGCGCUGCGGCUUCGAGAGCAGCAGCUGGAGAUUCUGACUCGAAUGGCCCUGAUGGAGCAGCGAGUGAAGGAGCUGCAGCGCCAGAGGAAGGAGCUGAGAAUCGAGAUGGAGGUUGAGGUGGCCCUGCUGCGCGGGGAGCUGGCUGGGGAGCGAGUGGCUGCCCGGCGGGAGGAGGAGCAACUCCGGGAGCUGCUAGAGCAGCAAGUGGACACAGAGCAGGGCAGCCGGGAGCAGCGGGAACAGAGGGAACAGGAGCAAAGGCGGCUGAGCCAGGAGCGGGAUCGAGUGGAAGGUCUUCGACAGAGACUCCGUGAGGCCCAGGGGCAACUCGACUCACAGCCAGAGGACCAGCGUGAGCGGUUCCUGCAGACCGUGCAGGAGAUGAGGGAACAACUGGAUGCGGCCCAGCGUGCCUACGAGGACCUGGAGUUCCAGCAACUGGAGCGGGAGAGCCGGCGGGAGGAGGAGGAUCCUCGGGGCAGCCCUGGAGCUCGUGUGCGGGACCCCAAGGUCCAGGAGCUGCAGGCCAGCCUGGCUCAGCACAGGCAUCGGAUCCAGGUCUUGGAGGAGCAGCUGAAGUCGCUGGGGGAGCAGAUGGCAGCUGAGAGCCGGGGGCUGAGCCGGAAGAAGGAGGAGGCCCUUCAGGCCCUGACACAAGAACGGAGCCGGCUGCUGGAGCUCAACUGCCUUCAGGGCAGCUCUGGCGGAGACCCUGCCGAGUCCAACCAGGCCCUCACUAAGCUCCUGUUCACUCAGAAGACAGACCGCCAGCUGCUGGUGCUGCAGGACCCCAAGGCGCCGCACGCUGCCACCUCCGCCUCUUCCUGCCUCUUCUCCGUUCACAGCUCCCUGCAGGGCUCCAUCGGCCUCCAGAGGACUGGGAGCAUGUCCCGGAAGAGGGGAGAGAGACUGAGCCAGAGGGGAUCCCCCCGACCUCUGUCCCUCCACUGUGCUGGGCCCCUGGAGGCCUCAGCCCUCCCAGCAGCAGGGGACUCUGGGAGACACCCGCUCUAUCAGCUGCUGAACUGUGGCCCUGGAAAUAGCUAUGGGGCGCUCUACCCAGACAUCGCCCGCAUGGAGCGGCUGCUGCAGCAGGCUGUGGCGGAGCGGGAGCGGCUGCUCAAGGCCAGGGAAGGAACAAGAAGGAGCGCAGAAGGUUGCUCAGGCCCCGCUGUUCCUGCCAUCAUGGCCCCGCCCAUGCUCCCGCCCCGCCCUCAGGUACCCCGGGUCUUGGAUCUCCAGCAGCACCUGGAACGCUGGGGCCACAACCCUGAAAAUUGCCCAAAUGUCCAGGUGUCUGGGGGCUGCUGCCGCGGGCCCCUGGUGAAGAUGGGCGGGCGCAUCAAGACCUGGAGGAAGCGGUGGUUCUGCUUUGACCGCCAGGCCCGGCGCCUGGCCUACUACGCGGGCCAUCGAGGAAGUCUAUUACGACCACCUGCGCUGUGCCUUCAAGAGCCCCAACCCUCGCCUGACGUUCUGCGUCAAAACCUACGAGCGCCUCUUCUACAUGGUAGCGCCCAGCCCCGAGGCCAUGCGCAUUUGGAUGGACGUCAUCGUGACGGCGGCCGACGAGAACCACGCCCCGUGAGCGGCCCCGCCCCUGGCGGACGGUCCUGCGAGGCCCCGCCCACUUCCGGAAAAGCCUGGGCCCCGCCCCUUUGGAACUCCGAGAAAUCUGCCCGUGCUGCGGCUCUGCUGGCCUGAGCCGCGGUGUUUUUCGGGGCUGCAGGUGUCUUUCCCCCGACGGGAAGCCAGCCCCGGGGCCCUGUGCCGGGUUGGAGGAAAAGUGCGGGGGUGGGGAGGAACUAUUUAUUGGUGCUCCUGUGAUACUGAAUUAAACAUG